CUACUACUAAUGGCAAGUCAGCCAGCUUUCAGUACAGUCCAGUUUGACCAUGUUCCUUUCUGUUGUGCUGCUGUGGCUCUGCGUUUGCUUCAUUGUUCUUCAGCUCAAAUCUCGGAGACCCAAGAACUUUCCACCGGGACCCCCUAUCCUGCCCCUGCUAGGCAACACUUUGCAGCUGAGCCUGGAGAACCCUUUAAAGGACUUCGAAAGGCUGAGGAAGUCUUAUGGAGACGUCUACAGUAUCUUUAUUGGCCCUAAACCAGCAGUAAUCAUCAAUGGGGUGAAGGCCAUAAAGGAGGCCAUGGUGACCAAGGCUAGGGAUUUUGCUGGACGACCUCAAGACUUGUUUGUUAAUGAUGUCACCAAGGAUAAAGGGGUUAUUCUGGCAGAUUAUGGCUCUAGUUGGAGGGAACAUCGUCGCUUUGCUCUGAUGACUUUGAGGAACUUUGGUCUGGGGAAGAACUCGAUGGAGGACAGGAUUCAUGAAGAGAUUAAAUACACCGUCAAUACCCUGGAAAAGAGCAUUGGUAAAACCAUGAGUCCUCAAGUUAUGUUUCACAAUGCAGCGUCCAACAUCAUCUGCCAGGUCCUGUUUGCUAGACGCUACGAGUAUGACAACGCGCUAAUCAAAGUGAUUGUUAGGUGCUUCACUGAGAAUUCCAGGCUAGCCAAUGGCCCGUGGGCUAUGCUGUAUGACUCUUUUCCUUUAAUUCGUUACCUACCACUGCCCUUCAUGAAAGCCUUCAAGAAUGCAGAGACAGUUGAAAAUCUUGUAAAUGAGUUUGUAAAAGAGCACAAGAAGACCCGAGUUCCCGGAGAGCCACGGGACUUUGUUGACUGCUAUCUGGAUGAACUGGAGAAGAGAGGAGAUGAUGGGUCUUCAUUUUCAGAAGACCGGAUCUGUCUGUACGCUUUAGACCUUUACUUUGCUGGCACUGACACUACAUCCAACACCCUACUUACUGGAUUUCUUUACCUUAUGAACUAUCCGCAUGUACAAGAACGGUGUCAGCAGGAGAUAGACCGAGUGUUGGAAGGGAAAGACCGAGUCAGUUUUGAGGACAGACACAAGAUGCCCUACGUGCAGGCUGUGAUUCACGAGAUACAGAGAGUUGCCAACACUGUUCCUCUCAGUGUCUUCCACUGCACCACUAAAGACACAGAGCUGAUGGGUUAUUCCAUUCCCAAGGGAACAAUGAUCAUCGAGAAUCUGACCUCAGUGCUCAGCGAGGAGGGACAGUGGAAAUUCCCUCAUGAAUUCAACCCUGAAAACUUC